AUGAGUGACGGCCUCGUCAAGCGGACGUCCUCUUCGGAGGGCGCCCACGAUGUCGAGAAGUCGGGUUACCAAACCCAGACCUACGACAACCAAGAUCUUCACAUCCGUGGUUUCGAGACCAGCGCCGAAACAUCGUUGCACCGUGGCCUCAAGGCUCGUCACAUCACCAUGAUUGCCAUUGGUGGUGCCAUCGGUACCGGUCUCAUUAUCGGAACCGGCAAGGCCCUCGCGCAGGCCGGCCCGGGCUCCGUCUUCAUCUCGUACACUCUCGUCGGUUUCAUCGUCUUCCUCGUCAUGGCUGGUCUUGGUGAGAUGGCUGCUUGGUUGCCCAUCUCUGCUGGUUUCACUGGUUACGCCUCAAGAUUCUGCGACCCCUCUCUCGGUUUUGCGCUCGGCUGGACUUACUGGUUCAAAUACAUCAUCGUUACUCCCAACCAACUUACUGCCGCUGCCCUCGUCAUUCAGUACUGGGUCCCUCGCGAGCGCGUAAACCCCGGUGUCUUCAUUGCCAUCUUCCUGGUCGUCAUCGUCUGCAUCAACUACUUCGGUAUCAAGUUCUUUGGAGAGUUCGAGUUCUGGCUGUCCAGUUUCAAGGUCAUCACCAUUGUCGGCAUUAUCCUGUUCUCCCUCAUCCUGGUUUGCGGUGGUGGCCCUAACCGCGAUGCCACUGGCUUCCGCUACUGGAAGAACCCUGGUGCUUUCAAGGAAUACAUUGACACGGGCGACGCUGGCCGCUUCUUCGGAUUCUGGUCUUGCAUGGUCAACGCCACCUUUGCUUACCUGGGUACUGAGCUUGUCGGUGUCACCGUCGCCGAGGCCCAGAACCCCCGCAAGACCAUUCCUCGCGCCAUCAAGCUGACCUUCUACCGCAUCCUGUUCUUCUACUGCCUCAGCGUCCUCCUCAUCGGCAUGCUCGUUCCCUACGACUCCAAGGAGCUCGCUUUCGCCACCAAGGCCCAGGCCGGUGCCUCCGCCUCCCCAUUCGUCGUUGCUGCUUCGAUCGCUGGUGUCAAGGUCAUUCCUCACAUCAUCAACGCCUGCAUCUGCGUCUUCGUCUUCUCCGCCUCCAACUCCGACUUGUACAUCGCCAGCAGAACCCUUUACGGCCUGGCCUCUGACGGCUCUGCUCCCGCCAUCUUCAAGCGCACCGACAAGCGCGGUGUCCCCAUCUACGCCCUCGGUUUCUCCGCCCUCUUCGCCCUUCUCGCCUUCAUGAACGUCUCCAGCGACUCGACCAAGGUCUUUGGCUACUUCGUCAACCUGACCACCAUCUUCGGUCUCCUGACCUGGAUUUCCAUCCUCGUCACUCACAUCUGGUGGUGCAAGGCCCGCAAGGCCCAGAACAUUUCCAACGAGAUCCUCCCCUACGCCGCUCCCCUCGGCAUCUGGGGCUCCUACGGAGCUCUCUUCCUCUGCUGCAUCGUCGCCCUUACCAAGAACUACGACGUCUUCACCGGCGGCGACUUUGGAAAGGAGAAGUACAAGACCUUCAUCACCGGUUACCUCGGUAUCCCCCUGUACCUCAUCCUCAUCUUCGGCCACAAGUUCUUCUACAAGACUCGCGGCGUCAAGCCCCACGAGGCCGACUUCUACACCGGCAAGGACAUCAUCGACCGCGAGGAGGAGGAGUUCCUGGCCCGCCAGGCUGCCGAGAAGGAGGCUCGCGGUGGCAAGGAGAGCCGCGGUGGGUGGUUCUACAGGACCUUCAUCUCAUGGCUUCUGUAA